AUGAUCAGCGGGCUUGGGAAGUCCAGCGCAGAUCCGUAUCGGAAUUCUGCACACUUCUAUUCCGUCAAUCGCGGCAAAAGGUCCAUCGUUCUGAACCUCAAGACGAAGGCCGGGCUAGCUGCGCUGCAUGCGCUUUUGGCGAAAUCCGAUGUCUUUCUUUCGAACUAUCGUUCUGCGGAUCUCUCUGGCUUCUGGGCACGCUCUGGUGCUGCCGCCUCGCAUACAGACGCAGCAGGCUACCCAGCCGUAUUGGCUCCCGGCUUCGGAGACAUGGCAACUGGCCUGGCAGCCGUUGGAGGCAAGCAUUUGCGCUGCCCUUUAUGCGAGAGAGAGGACGGGCAAGGGCAUGGCCUUGAGUACGAACCUGCUGCGGCACUCAGCUCUUACUUUGCCUUCGGCCGCACCAUCAAGUGGGGCCGCCGGGACAGAACAGGCAACCCCCUGGCCACCGUCUACCAGUGCAAGGACGGCAAGGCUUUCUGGCUCACAGGUGUCGAAGCUGAGCGCCACUGGCCGGCGACGGUCCGCGCGGUCGGCCGGCCGGAGUGGCUGGAAGACAGCCGCUUCAAGACGGCCAAAGCGAGACGAGAGAACGAGCGUGAACUCGUAGCAGAGCUGGACCUCAUCUUUGCGUCUAAGACACGUGAGGAUUGGGCCGUGCGGUUUGAUGCAGAAGGAGUUUGGUGGGCACCGGUGCUUUCCGCCGCAGAAGUGUCAGAAGACCCUCAGGCACUCGCGGCAAGAUCUUUCGUUGAGUCUCCAUUGUCAUCAAAAGCGAAGGCAGCAGGAAGAACGAAGGUCACUUUUGUGGCCUCACCGGUUGACUUCAUGAACGCGCCAAAAACGGCGCCGAGACGCCCGACGCCUGAGCUGGGAGAGCAGACCGAGGAAAUCGUCAAUGAGCUCAAUUUGGAUGAAGCGAGUCGUUCAGAGAUUUUGGCUGAGGUAAAGGCAAAGUCUAAGCUGUGA